AUGAUGCGUUCAGAAGAAUCUCCUAUGGAUUUUACUUAUGAAAAUCCUGGUUUAGCUGAUGAUGUGAAUUCUCCUCUUAGUCUUUCAAAUAUUUCUAAGUAUCUUGGGGAUCCUGAAUUGUCAAAAAAGCGCGCUUUUUUUGAAACUUCAGAAAAACAUGUGCCCCCACUUACAACAUCAUUUACAUCUACUGGAAAUGGUUCUCAAUUUUUGUUUUCUACGCCAAAAACAAUUCCCAAUUUUCGGAAAAUAUUUAUGAAUUCUCAUUUGAAUGUUGCACCAACAGAUAGUUCGGGUUUAGAUAAUACACCGAGUUGUGAGACAAACACUGAUCUUUGUGAUACUCCUGUUGAUAAUGCUUGUGAUGCUUCCAAGAAGAAUUUUUUUUCUCUUGAUGUAAAAAAUAAUAAGAUAAGUCAAGGUGUUAUAAGAAAAAUAAAGAAAAAACGUAUAUCUAAAAAGCAUAAUGAGCAAAAAUUUUUUUCUGGGAAUACAACAGAUAGUGAUGAUGAGCCAAUUCUUCCAUCCCAAACGAAUAAUUGUUUUGCAAAUUGGUCUGUUAAUUCUCAUCGAGAUAUUCCUUAUAUUGCGUCUGGAUAUAUACAGUUGUUUUUUAAUGUAUUUCUUGUUGGUAUUUUAUUUUAUUUUGCUAUAACUUUUGUAAGAACUAUUCAAAGAGAUGUUGAUCAAAAGGUAGAGGAGUAUUCUGCUGAAAUUUUACAAGAAAUGUCUUUAUGCUCAAAAGAAUAUACUGAAAAUCGUUGUUCUCCGGAUUAUAGAGUUCCUGCAAUGGAACGUGCAUGUACGACUUGGGAAAGAUGCAUGAAUCGUGAUCCUACUGUUGUAGGUCGUGCAAAAGUUUCUGCAGAAACUUUUGCAGAAAUUAUUAAUAGUUUUAUUGAUCCUAUUUCAUAUAAAACUAUGAUAUUUUGUAUUUUAAUAACAUUUGGAUCUGUUUUUGUUUCGAAUUUUGCAUUUGGGUUUUUUAGGGCAAAAAGUAUAAAUCAUCCUCAUCCAUAUAUUGCUGCUGCUGCACCACAUUUUGAUAAUAUUUAUAAUCUUCGGAGAUAUCGUAGACAAUUUAGUAAUAAUCUACGCAAUUCAAAAAGGGUGACAUAUGAAUAA